CCGGCAUAUAAAUAGAAAACUUGUUAUCUCGUUUGCACGCGCGGUGCUUUAUACGAAAACAAGAUCGGCGCUGUCAGAAUUUAUAUAUGUAUGUAAGUUCAGCUAGUUUCCGCGGCACAAUCCCAUUAAUAUUUUAUUCCGUUUCCAGACCUUGCAGCGUGUGUGGUAUACAGCAAUUUCAAUUAACUAGCGUAAAGAUGGCGAACAUUGCAAAACUUUUGGCUGGACGUGCCCAAUAUGUACUGCAAGUGGCAGCAAAGCAGCCACAGCUGACACCGCGUUUUUUUGCUUCGGCCGCCAACUUGGAGUUCAUCAAACACGAAGUGACUGGCGAAAAGAAGAAUGUUGCUGUGAUCACAUUGAAUCGUCCCAAAGCGCUUAAUGCGCUGUGCAAUGGUCUCAUGAAGGAACUGAGUCAAACGCUCGAUGCGUAUGAGCGUGAUGCUAAUGUGGCCGCCAUUGUUAUCACCGGUAGUGAGAAAGCAUUUGCCGCUGGCGCUGAUAUCAAAGAAAUGCAACCGAACACCUAUUCGCAGUGUAUUAUGGGCAAUUUCUUGAAUGACUGGACACGUGUCGCACGCUGUCAGAAGCCCAUUAUUGCCGCCGUGAAUGGUUAUGCUUUGGGUGGUGGCUGUGAACUGGCCAUGAUGUGCGACAUCAUUUAUGCUGGUGAGAAGGCGAAAUUCGGUCAACCAGAAAUUGCUUUGGGCACUAUUCCCGGUGCUGGUGGCACUCAACGUUUGACACGCGCUGUUGGCAAAUCCAAGGCUAUGGAAAUUUGUCUGACUGGCAACAUGAUCUCGGCUGUGGAGGCGGAGAAAAUGGGUUUGGUGAGCAAGGUAUUGCCCGCCGAUCAGCUGGUUAACGAAGCUGUCAAAUUGGGUGAGAAGAUCGGCACACACUCUGGCUUGAUUGUGCAACUGUGCAAAGAGGCCGUGAAUACAGCAUACGAAACCACACUACAAGAAGGUCUGAAGUUCGAACGCAGAACCUUCCAUGCCACAUUCUCAACUGAGGAUCGUAAAGAAGGCAUGACUGCUUUUGUUGAAAAGCGCCCAGCUAACUUCAGCAAUAACUAGACUUUCAAGUUAAAAGUAAAGCAUACGGAUUAAAUAAGUAUCCUUAUGUCUGGAACUCCAUACCAGAUUUGCAUUUAUAUAUAUAUUAUUUUUUUAUUCAAAAGUUAAAAUAUAUAUUUUGUUAAAGAACAUACACGUAUAUAUAGAUAGAAGAAUGUAUGUAUAUGUAUGUAUAUAGAAGAAAUAUAGAAGAAUGUAUGUAUAUGUAUGUAUGCAUAUAUAGCAAUGUCUAUGUAAAGUAAA